CAAGUUCUGGUGGUUGGGAGCUGUGGACUCCACACUCUCCACAAUGCCAUGAAGGCCGGAUUUACAGUGUGGCAAAUCGAGAAGUUCCUGCGUGCACUCCAUUUCCUCUUUCAUAACGUGCCUGCCCGGAGAGAGGACUACACCAACACCACUGGAUCUACCUGCUUUCCCCUCUCUUUCUGUGGCCACAGAUGGGUCGAAAAUGUGCCAGUCGCUGAGAGAGCCCUCGAAGUUUGGCCGAUGGUUCAGGCAUAUGUCAGUGCUGCAGAAGAGAAGAAGGUUCAAAAACCGAACACGGCCUCGUACGACACCAUCCUGGCAGCAAGAGAGGAUCCACUGCUAGUACCAAAGCUGCAGUUCUUCCUCUCCAUUGCAAGAGGUUUCAACCCUUUUCUUCACAAGUAUCAGACAGAUGAGCCCGUGUUGCCUUUUUUGGCUAAAGAUUUAACUGAGCUUCUGUUGAGUUUACUUCGGCGAUUCAUCAAAAGGGAGCUCCUACAGGACCAAACCCCCUUGCAACUCAUUAAGUUGGACAUCUCUGAUGAGAAGAACUGGGUCUCCCUCAGAAGGGUGGACAUAGGCUUGGGAGCGGAAUCAGCCAUCAAGGCACUCCAGGGCAAACCAGGAACCAAGAUAGGGGAACUCUCUGUGCUCAGCCUGAGAAAAGAGUGUUUGCAGUGUCUGGUUCGGAUCAUAAAGAAGCUGCAGGAAAGGUCCCCGUUGAAAUUCCCCAUUGUUAGGCAGAUUGCCUCCCUGGAUCCCACAAAGAUGGCCAAAGAUCCUGAGUGGUGCAUCGUACAGAUGAAGGCAUUAGUGCAGACAUUCAUCCAAGGGCAGCAGUUGGCAGGUGGCAUUGCAGUUGGUGAUGUCAUCAUUCAGCAAUUCACCUCUUUUGUCUCAGAUAGCGUCAGAGAUGAGGAAUUCGUGUCCUUCCAGCCCCUCAGCCAGCGCCUGGAUGUCUUCCUCCAUUCGAAACUCCGCACAUCCCACCCUGACCUGCUGAGGUUUUGCCAGAGUGCCCUCCUCCUGUCCCAUGGGCAGGCAUCCGUUGAAAGAGGGUUCUCUGUGAACAAGGAGGUGGAAACAUGCAAUCUCUACGAAGAGUCACUGGAAGCCCUGAGGUUGAUAUGUGACCAAGUGAAUGCCUGUGGUGGUGUCCUCAAAGUUCCUCUGACCAAGGAGCUCCUGGCCUCUGCUGCAUCCUCAAGGUCACAGUACAGGCUUCACCUUGAGAGUGAACGGAAAAAAAAGGAGAGUGCCACUCAGGAGCUUAAGCGGAAAUCAGCAGAGAAAGAGCUGGAGGACCUCCGGAGUCAGCGGCAGGUGCUCCAGAGUGUGUGCCAGUCCCUAGAAAGGGACGCUGAUAUGUAUGCAGAGAUGGCAGAGGGUAAAUCUGGAACCAAGAUGGCUGAGCUUGUCACAAAAUCCAAUUCCCUUCGCCGAAGCCACAAAGGGAAAAAAAUAGAGCUUCAGACGUUGGAUAAAACUAUCGAGGAGAAGGCCACAAAGCUGAGGCACUUGUGACUGUGCAUUGCUGUUGAAAUGUUAAUGCUUGCUCGUUGUUCCUGUUCUGUGUAGGUUUAUUCGCCUUGCCUUGUGUUUGUUCCGGCAUGUUCCACUGGCUGACUAAGGAUGGUUGCAGUUUAAUCUCUCUAUGUUCUCUCUCUCUCUAUCUCGCUCUCUCUCUCUCUCUCUCUCUCUC